AUGAAUACGAACCACCAAAACGACCCACCCCCCCAACUGUACACGCUAACAAUAAGCGAUGCCAUAAAUAGGUAUUCCCUUAUGGGGACUCGAGACUACCAUAGUGGGAGUUUCGAACUGGACCGACAUGUUUCAGAGGAGAAGGACGUCUGCAGUUAUAGCGAUUGGACAAUUUUCCAAGACGACACAUCUGAUGAAGAGGGAGAGUUACAAACGUAUACUUCUAUACUUCUUGGUGGGACGAAUAAACCAAUACGCCGAAGGGCCACGGAAGGGCAAUAUGACCCCUGUGGGUGGAGGGGGAAGAUCAAAGACUCCCCAAAGGAAAGACCCAUGCAUGUCCUCCUAAACAAGCAUGCUGAACAAGAAGCAGACUGGACUAAACAUAUUCUUAACAUUCUUCUAACCGCGGAGGAGGAAAAUAAAUCAAAGGACUUCCGAGACAUAAUGAAAACAAUUGAGCAUGAGGAGAUAAAGGACUUAGUGUUGUAUCAUUCUAAGGUAGUCCUGUCUGAAAUUAAAAAUAUAUAUAGAGUGUUGGGGGGUUUAGUGACGGGUAGCGGUUGGGUGGGAUGCAAAGGACAUUUCGAUGUUUCUCCUCGUGAAGAAAAACAAUUGCACAGGUUAAGAAGGAACAGGGGGGGGAAAACAAAUUUAAGGGUUAAAAAGUGUGACCUAUUGAAUCGGUACUAUAGGAGGCUGUGCAGGAUCUACGAGGAGGAGAAUUCUCUUUUGCGGCGGUUAUGUAUGGACAGUCCAGUUGGUCAGGCGAGCGAGGUUCAAGCACCCACGAAGGGAAACGACAGCAUAACCACGCAGAACCGUCUCCUAAAAUGCGGAAUCACGUACCAAGCUAAAGUAGGGAGAAAUUUUCCGGUCGAGAUAAAAUCAAAAUGGAUCCGAGGUGCACUAAAAAGGGCGAGUAAGAACCGAUUAAAUCUAAAAGGAGAUACUCGAAUUUUCCGUUUUGUUCCCCAUGUGGACAUGGCCAAGAAGCAGCUUGACGAGGAAUCCCUCGCUGAUGAAAGAAGUGGACCCAAUGGACAGGAGACCCAAAAGAGUCAAGCAGGAGCUCCAAUGAUGAGCACAUCGACGUGUUACAUAAACGCGGAGGAGUCGGAAGUGAAGAGCUGCAACGAGAUGGCUGCGUCACAUUUUACCAAUGAUAACAACUGUAAUGGUGAUACAACGAUGGAUGUGGACUUAAAAGGGGAAGAGGUGGAAUGCACAAAACGGAUUACUCAAGAGGAAACAUCUAUUCGUCAAAAUGAUGCCCUUGUGGGUGAAGAAACAUCAGCGACCAAUGUGAACGCGUCAGGUGGGGGAGACACCGGUGCAGAUGUAAUGGUGAACGAGCAGAGUGAGCAGACAGGUGAAGUACCCGUGGAAGAGCACAAUAAGAAAGGGCUGAACGAUGGAUACGAAAAAAGGGAUAACAAUCUCAUGGUAGCAAACAGUAAGUUGGAACAAAUGCAUAAAUCACAUGUGGUUGAGUCCAGUAUGGACAAGAAAACUAAGUCAAAAAAAAAGAAAAAAGUAGCAGAAAGGAGAGAGAAGGAAGGGAAUAAAAAAAAAAAAAAAAUUUUAAAUGUCCAUCAGACAAAUGUAGUUACUGAGAAGGAAGAGGAGAAAACAGGCGAUCAACCCCUGGCGGACAUCCUAGAUAAAGACACAGAAAAGAUGAACGAGGGGGGAGUUUUUUGCCAGGAGGUUUACCACGAUUGCACUCAUUAG